UUUGCUCGCGUUUUGUCUGCGGCCCGUCAGUCAGUGUACGAUUUUGGCCUCGCGUUUCUCACGUAUAUCGCUUCACUCGGAUAGGGAAAUACAGUGGAAAAACGUACGUCGUCUGUUGGAUGGUGAGAAAGAAAGCAAAGCGCACUAGCGACAGCAGAAAGAAGAAGAAUCGGGAAAAGAUCCUCAAAACUUUGCUAAUUUUCGGUUUUUGGUGCGUGCGUGUUUCAAUUAUCCCGGAUAAUUCGUGCGCAAUUUGUGCAAAAAACCUGCGGAAAUCCAGCCUGAAGAGCCAGCCUUUCCCCCGAUAUGUGCAGCUAGUUGAAAUAUGAACGUUUUCAACCAAGUAAUACCUAGUAUGAAUCCGCAAGAACUAAGUACUAUGGUUUGGAUGGGACAGUUCGCCUCGCCACUGGAUGAAAACCUGUCGAAUCUGUACGGUCAACCGGUACCAGCAGUAAUGGAUGAUAUCACGCAGCAAGCUUCAUCGAUGGACAUGAAUCCGGCCAUCGGGCCACUGAUCGGUGACUACAGCGGCCAUGUGACUGCGAUUCCCACACCGACAGGUGGCCUGGCCACGAUGCCGAACUCCGAACUAGCCAUCACCAAUCCGGAACUGUUCAAUCUACAGCAGCAACAGUUGCAACUGCAGCAGCAGCUCAGUUUAGGGAACUAUAGUUUUCUAGAGCAAAGCGGUCUUGCUGGGCAGCUGACCGGAGCUGGCGGUGUACCCGGUGGAAGUGGAAUUGGAGCGCACGAUUCGGAUGAUCCUGUCGGUGCCACUCGCAUGGUUGACGACGACGACGAUGACGACGGUCUGAACGACGAGGAGCACGCUAUGCAAACGUACGAACAAUACCAACGAAUGGUGGAAGCCAACAGUGAGUUCCUGUCGGUAACUGGACAGGAAAAUCUGCUGACAUACAAGCUGAUGAACGAAGCGCAGCUGCUGCAACCGCAGGGCAACUUUCUCGACUUCGACGGAUGUGCGAACGACGAUGACUCGUCCAGUCCGCCCAUGCACGAUGGAGUCAAAGUUUCGGGAUACGCCCAUCAGAUAGCGGCGGCCGCUGCAGCAGCGGCAGCUGGUGGCGGUGGACACACCGGUGGUGAAACGAGUGGCGCAGCGAUACGCUUUCCGAACAAGAAAAUCAAACCUGUCAAACGGCCCGGGUUGGUACUGAAAACGCCGAUUGCCUACAAGGGCGAUAUCGAUCCGUCGGUGAUUCCGAUUCAGCGCGAUGGAAUGGCAAUUUGCGAAAAGUGCGGCGCCAUCGGUGUGAAGCACUCGUUCUACACCAAGCAGCGCCGGUUCUGUAGCAUGACCUGCGCCCGUUCCUUCGACGCGCUACGUUUGUACAACAGUACCAACAACAAUAACAACAACAAUAGCAACAGCAACCCCGGCAGCAUCAUCGGCAACCCAUCGGCAGGUCUGAUCAGCGCCAAGUCCAUAGUCACAUUGGAAGAUAGCAGCAGUAUCUCAUCGCUGGCGGCUCCUUCGGCCCUGCCCCCGGAGCAGCUGAUAGACGAUUCAGCUGACGAGUCGGAAUCAGCCAAUACGGCACAAGCGGUCGGAGCGGAAAUUGAUAGCAAACAUCUUCUGCACCAGCAGCAAUUACAACUACAGCAACAGCUGGCCUUACAGCAACAGGUGCAGCAACUUCAACAACAGCAACAACAACAACAACAGCAACAGCAGCAGCAAGUACAAAAUAUCAGCUAUAGAUUCAAAAUGUCUCAGAUUGGAAGCGACAAUAGCAACCACGGUGUAAAUAGCGACAAAACAAUCAGUCACGAGAUCGUUCCUCAGGAUGAAAUCCCGCAGCUCCCCAGGGGAGCCCGGUUGCCUUCACCCUGUCCGCAGGACGAACGUAUCAUAAGCAUCCGAAGAAAGCCUUCGGAAUUUAUCAACUCCUUCGAUUGGACACCGUCUCUGGCGGAUCCUACAUUUUUCGCCGCUCCGGUUACCUGCUUCCGGCACGCCCCGGGCUACGAAAUGUGGCCUAACGUGGUGAUUGGCAUGAAAGUCGAAGUGGAAAACACCGACUGUGACAUCCAGCAGGCAUUGAUUGGGGGGACGCCGCAUUCGUUCUGGGUGGCUACUGUGCUAAGGAUCUGCGGCUAUAAAGCUCUCCUGCGUUACGAGGGUUUCGAUACGGACUCGUCGAAAGAUUUUUGGGUCAAUCUCUGCUCUUCCGAGGUCCAUCCGGUAGGGUGGUGUGCCACCCGGGGCAAACCUCUGAUCCCACCGAAAAGCAUAGCCAAACCGUACAAAGAUUGGAAGGAAUUUCUGGUGAAGCGGUUGUCCAAUGCGAGAACGCUUCCCUCGACUUUCUACAACAAAAUCAGCGAAAGCUUCAAAUCCCGCUUUCGAGUGGCACUCAACCUGGAAGUGGUAGACAAGAAUCGCAUCAGUCAGGUCAAAGUGGCUUCGAUCAACAAAAUCGUGGGGAAGCGGCUCUACGUAAGAUACUACGAUAGUCCUCCGGACGAUAAUGGCUUCUGGUGUCAUGAAGAUUCUCCACUAAUUCAUCCCGUCGGUUGGGCAACGACGGUUGGCCACAAUUUAGCCGCACCCGAAGAGUACAUGGAUCGCAUGAAUGCUGCCCGAGACCAGAUCCUUGAGCCGAACGAAGACGACGCUACGAUGGAUCUGUUCAAGACCAAUUUUCACUUUGAGGAGUACUAUCUGGACGGCAAACAGACCGGUUUCGAAGAAGGCAUGAAGUUGGAAGCCGUCGAUCCGCUCAACCUGUCCUCGAUCUGUGUGGCAACGGUGAUGUCGGUGUUGAAAUUUGGCUAUAUCAUGAUCCGCAUCGAUUCGUACGAUCCGGAUGUCAGUGGGGCGGACUGGUUCUGCUAUCAUGAGAAAUCACCGUGCAUUUUCCCCGUCGGGUUUUGCUCGUCCAAUCAAAUCACGCUGACUCCACCGAAGGGUUACGAUUUGACUAGCUUCACCUGGGACCAGUACCUGGUAGAUACCAACAGCAAGCCGGCAACGGAGGAUUUGUUCCAUCGGGAUUUGCUUCGGCAGAAGUUUAAGGUUGGUAUGAAGCUAGAAUCAGCCGAUUUGAUGGACCCAAGACUGAUUUGCGUGGCGACCAUUUCGCGGGUUGUCGGUCGCCUGUUGAAGGUCCAUUUUGACGGUUGGGAUGACGAGUACGAUCAGUGGCUAGACAGCGAAAGCCCGGACAUUUACCCGAUCGGCUGGUGUGUGCUCGUCGGUCACAAACUCGAAGGGCCUCGUGUGCUGCCCAAAAUUCCGCCGGUGCAGAAAAUCUCCCCCAAAAUAACCAAAAAGGGAAAACGAAAGAAAAAGAUUAUGAAGUUCGAUCUAAAUACGGCAGAAUUGCACCCCGUUGCCACGACGCGUACCGCCACGAUCAAGAAAGAGCAGGAGCAUUUCGACCAACAAAGAAUGAUGGUCAGCUCCAACCCGAAUAGUAUCCCCUACUCGAUUGCCGAAUUACGAAGUGGCAUGGAUCAAAUUCAGUACAGCACUGGACACAGUACGGUGGUCUCACUGGAAUCUCGUAGUGCGAGCGGUAGCGGUACAUCCUCUUCGCUUUUAUCGAUCAAGCACGAACCUCCACACGAUCCGCUGCUGGGGCCAAUCUUCGAUCAUUCACCGGGAAGCAUCGACAGCGGUGACGAAGACAUGGGUGAUCUCAAAACCGAGGAUGAAGAUGGCGAAUCGAACAGUGCCACCGGUAAUCCAUCGUCAGCUCCCUCGGAAAUCACCGACAUCGAGAUGGAGAAAUUCAUUCCAAGGCUUAUUAACGACAACGGAAGCAGUUCGCCUGAUCCUUCCGGUGGCCAGAUAAAUCCGGACAGUUGGGAUGUGAAGGAUGUCGCCCUGUUUCUGACUGCGAACGAUUGUUCGAUGCAUUGCGAAGCGUUCGUGGCUGGCGGUGUGGAUGGCAAACGGCUUCUGCAGCUUAGUAAGGACGAAAUUAUUACCCUGCUGAACAUGAAAGUUGGGCCGUCGUUGAAAAUCUUUGAUCUCAUCCAGCAACUCAAGUGCAAAAUCGAUCCGAGCAAAUCGCGACUACUCAAGUCGAGCCAGGGGAAGAAAUAUCUGUAGCGAGGGAUGGUGGUGGAGUGCCGGAGCGACCGGAAGGGACAAACCCGAAGAGUAUUAACUUAUUUCUCUGUUCUUCAUUUGCGCCACCUGCUUGGGUUUAUUUAGAUACUUUCGUUUUUUUACAAAUAGUAGUUUUUCGUGUAGCAAAGUUUAUAGGUUCUUUUUUUAAAAAAAAAACAAGUACUCUUUCUGUUGUGAUUCAAGCGAAACAGUUUUUUUUAUCCAAUUAUGUCGGACAAUUCUAAAGCUUUGUGUCGUAGGUGAAGUCAGCGCCGGUAUGCAUAUUGUUUCACGAAUAAACAUUUCCAGUGAUAGUGGCGGGAAGUGGAAAAAAGCAAUUACCAAAAACAAAAGUAACACAACACAAGAUACACACAGUACACGAGAGAGCCACAGACAGAAACACAAAACAAGAAACACCAUAGACAGGGUGGGAUUGAGUGGAAAAAUACCUGUGCGUCCGGUGUUGGAGUUGCGUGCAGCGAAUUCUUGCUCGAAUUGCAAAGUAGUGUCUAAACGAAAACAAAGCAAAACAAUACAAACGUAUAGAAAGUAUACAUGCAGUUGUAUAAAGGUAAAAACCUAACAUGCUAAUGGUAGUGUAAUGUUUCAGAAUUUAUUGGAGUAUCUUUUUUAUGAGGAAAGAGAAAACAAAAAGUAUAUUUAGAGUAGAGAAAAUGGAGAAAAUAUAAGCAGAAAGGCAGUAACUUUUCUUGAA